AGAAACGCUCUAUCGAACCGGUGCGAGCAAUUGCGAGGGAGAAGCUUAAUUAGCAAACAAAAAUGGGGGUAGAGGUGGAGGAGGAUAACCAAACCCAAAUUCAAAACCCUAAACCAAUGGAUGCUUCGUAUAGAGACAGUAUUGCAGAAAACCCUAACAGUCCUGCUUCAUCCGAUUCGCCUGACGAUUCGGACGCCGACUCAGAGGACGAAUCCCACCAGAGUGAUGAGCUUAAAACCUUGGAAGCCGAGCUAUCUAAUAAUCCCUCCAACUACUACGCCCAUGUCCAAUACAUAAAGCUGUUGAGGAAAAUGGGCGAGAUAGAGAAGCUGAGACAAGCGAGGGAAACUAUGAGCGCCAUAUUUCCCUUGACCCCUGCAAUGUGGCAGGAAUGGGCUAAAGAUGAAGCUUCUCUUUCUUCUGGGGAUGAGGUCUUUUCUGUGGUUGAGAAGCUUUAUGAGCGAGGAUUAUUGGAUUAUCUGUCUAUCCCACUCUGGUGCGACUACUUGAAUUAUUUGCAAGAAUGUGAUCCUUCCGUGCGUGAAUGUUCUUCUGCUGCAAUUUCAAAAGCCAGAAAUGUUUUUGAGCGUGCUCUAACUGCAGCUGGUUUGCAUGUUGCUGAAGGCAAUAAAAUAUGGGAAGGGUAUAGGGAAUUUGAGCAGGCUCUGUUAUGUACCAUUGAAGAGGCUGACACCAAGGCAAAGGAAGCGCAGGUCCAGCGGAUUCGAGGUAUUUUCCACCGUCAAUUAUCUGUCCCACUUAUUAACAUGGGGUCAACACUUCUUGCCUACAAGGCUUGGGAAGUGGAACAAGGGAAUGCUCUUGAUGCUGAAUCAAGUGAUAUGGAUGGCAUUCCUUAUCAUGUUGCUUCUGCAUACCAAAAGGCCAUGGAAAUGUACAAUGCCCGUGUUCAGUAUGAAGAGCAGAUUUCUAAACAGGAUAUAUCUGAGACUGAGAAACUUCAAAAUUUCAUGACCUACUUAAAUUUUGAAAAGUCGGCAGGUGAUCCAGCCCGUGUUCAAGUUUUAUAUGAACGUGCUAUUACUGAUUUUCCAAUAUCAAAUGAUCUGUGGCUAGAUUAUACUCGCUAUUUGGACAAGACCUUGAAGGUAGGAAAUGUUGUCAGAGAUGUUUACUUCAGGGCCACAAGAAAUUGUCCUUGUGUUGGAGAACUUUGGGUUAGGUAUUUGCUUACCUUGGAACGUGGACGUGCUUCUGAAAAAGAGAUAUCCAGUGUCUUUGAAAAGUCCCUUCAAUGCACUUUUUCAACACUUGAAGAGUACCUAGAUUUAUUUCUCACACGGAUAGAUGGCUUGAGGCGAAGAAUUUUGUUUGGCAGCGAAACAGAGGAUAUCUUGGAUUAUUCAUUAAUAAAGGAGACCUUUCAGUUUGCAUCAGAUUAUUUAUCACCCCAACUAAAGAACUCAGACGGUUUGCUGCGUCUGCAUGCUUAUUGGUCCCAUUUAGAGCUGAAUCUGGGAAAAGAUUUAGUGGCAGCCCGUGGAGUGUGGGAGAGCUUGCUGAAGAUCAGUGGUUCAAUGUUGGAAGCAUGGCAAGGUUACAUAGCAAUGGAAAUUGAAUUGGGUCACAUAAAUGAAGCAAGGUCUAUCUAUAAGAGAUGCUAUAGUAAAAGGUUUCCUGGGACUGGCUCUGAGGACAUUUGCCAUUCUUGGUUGCGCUUUGAGAGGGAAUUUGGUACACUGGAGGAUUUUGACCAUGCUGCACGAAAGGUUUCCCCUCGUCUGGAAGAGCUACAGUUGUAUAGGAUCCAACAGGAAUCAAAAGCAUUUGCUGCAUCAACAGAUCAGAAAGAGACUAACAUUAAGAAAAGUGUUCGUGAAAAGCGAAAGGGAGGUCCAGAAUUUACUGAUGAACAAUCUCCAGCAAAGAGACAAAAGCCAAUAUCUCAAACCCUAAAGAAAGAGUAUGAGAAACAUAAAGAUCAAGCACAAAAUCUAGCUGAAGUAACUGAAGAAAAAGAGGUCAAAGCCAACAUUGGAAAGACUGAAAGCAUCCAUGAAAAUCAGCGGAGAGACUCCGACUCUGGGAGAAACAAAGUAUAUACAGACCAAUGCACUGCAUUCGUGUCAAAUAUUAAUCUCAAGGCAAAUUAUGAAGAUCUGCGUAAGUUCUUCAGUGAUGUUGGUGGGGUUGUGUCUAUUCGUAUACUGCGUGAUAAGUUUACUGGAAAAUCCAGGGGACUCGCGUAUGUAGACUUUUCAGAUGACAAACACCUAGCUGCAGCUAUAUCAAAGAACAAGCAAAUGUUACUUGGGAAGAAGCUGAGCAUUGCACGGUCAGAUCCUAAUCCAAGAAAAAAAGAUGGUCAUAAUGUUUCAAAGCAACAUGGAUGGAAUUGCAUUUCUGAGUCAAUGUGGAAAUUUCAGUCUUAUGAACUUGCGGAAUAUAACAAUUUCAACAAAAAUUAUGCUGUACACGAAGUGGCAUCUGUGAAGUACUUCAAUAUUGCAUGGCCAAGUAGCUAUAUGUUUUGCCAAUCUUAAUACCAUAGGAGAUGCAUUCUUGAAGUCCCAAUUAUUCAGACUAUAUACUGGUUGUAUCUUAUCAUUGAAGAGAACCUCUUAACAAUGUUGAUUUUUUCUCUCUGUCACACACACACUAAUUGUCAUAGCUGCUUCAUCUCUUCACUGCCGUGGCAAGGGGUAAUAGCACUCCUAUGGUACUGACAUUUCAAAUUAGCGAGGGAAUAUAUAAAAUUUUGGAAGUAGGCUAGCCGCACUGAGACAACUACCUAUAUCAGAUUCAUGUAUCCAAGUCCAAAUUACAUACAGUACCAUUAAAAUUGAGAAGGCAUUGUUUAGUUCCUGCUUUACUUGUGGAUUUUGUAACAUUAUACUAAUAUUUCAUCUGUGUUCUAUUGUCUCACUUUAGCUAUUUGCUGUCUGCAUGCUUCUGCAAUCUGUUUUGUUUAGUGCUCCUGUCGCUUCCAUAUGUACAUCAAUUCGAUUCUUCGCCUUUGACACUGAUUCUACCAUAUAUAUAUAUAUGUAUGUAUGUAUUUUUCCUCAUAAAUUUAAC